GACUUUUUGACGUAUUCGGUGGACAUCAUGACGAUGUAUAUAAUGACAAGAAACAUAAGGGACAUCUUACUCAUGAAAUAAUUGCUGGUGCUGCCGCUUUUGAAGCGAUGAAGCACUACGAAAAAAAGAAGGAAGAACAAACCGGACAAAAAGAUAAACAUGCUUUUCUUAAAGAGGCAUUCGUAGCAUUUGCUGCUGGUGAAGCAGAAAAACUCAUUGAGACAAAAGGUCUUGAUGCUCUUGAUAAAGCAAAAGCAAAACGACACGCGGAAGAACAAGCUUCGCAGUUAUAUGAUGAAAAAUAUAGUGGAUGUUAA